GCACACACGCACGCACACACACACACACACACACACACACACACACACACACACACACACACACACACACACACACACACACACACACACAGGUGAAUCUGAAACAUAAACCAGUCAGUCAGAACCAUUCUUUUCACAGAGACAGUUAAAUCGUAUUUAGCAGGUGAUAAAUAUAAACUACAUUCUACACUAAAAUUCUGGUUUCCUGUAGAUCUGCAAUGAAUGUAAAUAAUGUAAAUAAGUCCAUGUACUUACAAUACGUGACAUGACCAGACUGUCUUUGUGUUUUGGGUUCAGCAUCAUUUGUGUUUUUCCUGUGUAUUAGAGAAGAUUCACUGCAGUAAAUAGACAAUAGUUUCCGCUGUGGUUUCUGCUCACUUCCCAUUGGUUCAGUAAUAGUGCCUCUGCUCCCUCAGCAGAAGGCAUGUCGAAGGGGUUGAGGUGAUCCUCAAAGUACUCCUUCCACCGUCCAAAAAAAUCCCCAGUCGAGGUCAACAGCUCCCCACCUCCACUGAAAACAGAGUUGGUGAAGGACUUUCUCCCCCUCCUGAGGCUUGGAUGGUUUGGCAGAAUCUCUUUGAGGCGGAGGGAUAGUUCUUCUCUAAGGCCUCCCCAAACCUCCCAGGUCCGUGUUUUUGACUCAGAGAACAUGGUCCACUCAGACUCCAUGUGUCCAACCUCCCUCGGAAUCUGGUCGAAGCUCUCCCGGAGGUGUGAGUUAAAGGUCCGUCUGACAGAGGGUUCAGCCAAGCGUUCCCAACAGACCCUCGCGAUACGUGUGGUCCUGCCAGCCUCCUUCCCUGACAGCGUGUCCUACUCACCACCAGGUGGUGAUCAGUUGACAGCUUGGCCCCUCUCUUCACCCGAGUGUACAAAACAUAUCCGGAUCAAAACCGAGCUUUUAGCAACUGUGUUAACCACUGCACUACUGUGUCGCUCACAUAUAUGAUCCAGUCCAGUUAUUGAGUUAUUCACUCAGCAAAAGGUUUCAUUCCCAGAACCAUCGAAAAGUUUAUUGUACUUAUGAAUGUUACAUAUUAACUUGGAACCUUUAUUGGCCUCGAAUUACUACACCUCAAAUCCCACUAAUACUGUAAUUGUCUGAUAGAGGCUAUUUGUGAAACAGGAGAUGUAACAAACCCACGUUCACGCUAUCUGCUCGGUGAUAUAAUGACGAUCACUGCCAGAAGCUGCUGCGGCUUCUUAAUUACACGGAGGACGCGCUUUCACUUGUGUCGCUGCGUGUGCGUGUGCACCAGAGGGUCCAGGAUGAUCCGAUCGCAGGGCGUGAGUGUUGCACGCGGGGGUUUUAGGUGACGUGAUGCUGUCCAUCACUAUAAAAAGGCCACUGACUGACUGCUUGGUGCCAGACACCUGCUCAGGUACCGGCGAGGUGAGACCCUCCUCAGGCCUCUCUUUAAAGCUCAUUCCAUGUGUUUGCCCUGUCUUAAAUGUUGUUAAUUAUUCAUUUCAUGUUUCAUUCUGUCAGUUUGUGUGAAUCUCCACCAGGCAGCAUGUCUCUUUAUAUUUCUCUCCCUCUGCUGGUCGUGCUGCUGCAGCCCGUUCUGUGUGCCUAUAACUGCUCCACCGUUUAUCAGAGGACUCCAGACAACUCGGACCUGAGCGUUGACUGUGGCACGUCCGUGAUCACCGUGGACGUCAAUCAGUGCACGGCUCAGUGGGCCGGCUUCAACGUCACGGACCUGGCUCUGAACGGGAACCACACCAACACGGACUGCCAGGGCUCCGUCGUCGCCGGCACGGACCCUCCCAUCAUCCGCUUCCAGCUGCCUGUGAACAGCAGCCAGGGUAACCCCUGUCGCCAGACUCUGCAGAUCGUGGAUGAAAAUGUCCCUCAAGGUACCCUCACCUCCUUCUCAUCGGUCCAGUCCAUGAUCAUCACAGGGUUUAUUGAUGCACCCAAGUCUGCCCAGGGCUUCAUCAGCUACGCCACAGACAUCUACUACCAGUUCACCUGCCGCUACCCGCUGGAGUAUCUGCUCAACAACACGCAGAUUGUGGCCUCUUCGUCUUCGGUGGCGGCUCAAGAAAACAACGGAACCUUCAUUAAUUAUCUAAAAAUGGCCGUUUAUAACGACUCCGACUUUGCCUAUCCGUUGGUCGUUCCCUCCACGGGCCUCGAGCUACGGAAAAAGGUCUACGUGGAGGUCAAGACUGUGAACUUCACGGGAAACUUCAACGUGCUCCUGGAUCACUGCUUCGGGACUCCCAGUCCCUACAACAUGACCAGCACCGAGAAGCACGACUUCCUCACCACCUGUUCAAAUGACCCAAAGACGGCAGUGAUGACCAACGGAGCGUCCAAGUUUGCCCGGUUCAACUUCGAGGCCUUCCGCUUCGUAUCGCACCGCGACCAGACCAAGUCCAGCAUCUACGUGCACUGCAUACUGAGGCUGUGUGAGCCCAGCACCUGUCAACAGCAGCUGGCUUGUGGAAGCAGAAGGAGACGCUCCGAGGCGUCUUUGGGGGGACAAAGCAGGGACAGUGCCGUGGUUUCCCUCGGACCUCUUUACACCGGUCCAGAAGACACACCUGUUGCGGCCGCCGCCACCGGUGACAGUGAGUCAGGGAGGAGCAACGGUGUGAACCUCGCAGGACUGGCGGUGGGCGUGGUGUUCGGCUCAGCCGCCGCCGUCGCGCUCACCGUGGGCGGCUGCUUUGCCCUGAAGAAGUUCAUUUAAAUAUCGCCUGGCGUUAUGUUUAUUGUGACGCCAUAAAACCUGAUAGUGUCACUAUGUCAGUGGACUGUAGAACCAGGGACACACCGUGGCACCAUGUGUGUGUUGCAUCUUCAUCUGGUGGUUAUGAAUCAUCAAACAAACCCGGGCUUUGCAUGAAGGAAGUCAUUUUCAUAUUUAAUAACUGUUGUCUUUG